AAAUCGUUAACGAAAUCAGUGUUAUCAAUACUACAUAUUUAUUACCUACCCAUGUUUUAUCUGUGAACUACAUAGAUAAUUUGUAAUACAUUUAAUUAUGUAAUCGGUCGACGGUUACUGUCACAAUUACUGUCAGUGUGUACACUGUACGUACAAUAGCUCAGCACCGAUUUGCAAUUAGUCGUUUUUGGGCACGAAUAUUCGAGUGAAAUGAAUCUUGUGUUUAUUAUACUAUGUGUCUUGAGUACGUCACACGUUACCUAUGGCUACACGGACAACAAAGUGAGGAGAUUCAAAGACGGCUUCAUGUUUGGUGUUGCGACAUCGGCUUACCAAAUCGAAGGUGCUUGGAAUGAAGAUGGUAAAUCGGAGAGCGUAUGGGAUCGAUACACGCACGCGCAUCCCGAGGAUAUAGCAGAUAGAAUAAACGGUGAUGUGGCUUGCGACUCUUACCAUAGAUACAAGCGCGACGUGCAGAUGCUGAGGGAACUAGGAGUUGACCAUUACAGGUUCUCCGUAGCUUGGACGAGGAUACUGCCUACCGGGUUCAAGGACGAAAUAAACGAAGAGGGUCUGCGAUAUUACGAGAAUUUGAUUGACGAACUCUUAAAGUACAAUAUCCAACCUAUGGUAACGUUAUACCAUUUCGAUAUGCCCCAGAGUCUCCAAGAUUUGGGAGGUUGGACCAACCCGCUGAUCGUAAAUUGGUUCGAAGAUUACGCCAGAGUGUUGUUCGAUAGAUUUGCGUCCAAAGUCAAAUAUUGGAUCACGAUAAACCAACCCAGCUCUGUGUGCGUAGACGGGUUUGGAGACCCCGCUCUUAAUGUCAAAGAGAAUGGCGACUACACAUGUGUCAAAUAUAUUCUGCUGGCACACGCCAAAGUCUAUAGAUUGUACGAAAACCAAUUCAAGUCUAAGCAUAAAGGUUCAGUUGGUAUAUCCCUCGACAUAAACUGGAUCGACCCUUACAAUAAGACCACUGAAAACGAUGAAGCUGCCGAAAGGGCUAGGAGUUUCAAGAUUGGUCUAUACAUGAAUCCCAUAUGGUCGAAACACGGGGAUUUCCCCGACAAAGUGAAGAGUAUAAUCGCGAAGAAAAGCGAGAAGCAAGGACUGGAACAAUCUAGAUUACCCUCUCUGAGCGCCGACGAAAUCAAACUGCUGAAAGGAUCGGCCGAUUUCUUAGGCAUGAAUCAUUACACGACGUUCCUCGCGACACCGGCCAGAGACGAACACAAGUCACCGUCGUUCGCUGAUGAUCUCGGAGUGCACCUCACGCAUGGGGCCGAGUGGAUAGCCUCCAAAUCACCGUGGCUAAAGAACGCCCCGUACGGGAUCUACAAGGCCUGCGUGAACAUUAACCAGGAAUACGACUACCCGCCCGUGUUCAUUACCGAGCACGGCUGGUCCACGGGCCCGGGGCGGAGGGACACGCGCCGCGUCGCCGUGCUGACAGCCUACCUGGCCGCGCUAUUGCUGGCCGUGGAGGACGGUACUGAGCUCAAGGGAUACACGGCCUGGAGCCUCAUGGACAACGUGGAGUGGCGGGCUGGGACGAGCGAACGUUUCGGCUUGUACGAAGUGGAUUUCGAUUCCGCGAACAGAACGCGUUUGGUGCGGACCUCGGGCUUGGUGUACAAGCACAUCAUCGAGUCGCGGGACCCCGGGGACGGCUGGAUGCCCUCCAGCUAUAGGAUCAACGUUAGCGAUCGACUGCAAAAACGUGAAGUUAGGGAGGAACUUUAAAAAAUAAAUUAUUAUCUAUAUAUAUAAAAAUGAAUUGCUGUUCGUUAGUCUCGCUAAAACUCGAGAACGGCGGCUGUACUGAUUUGGCUAAUUUUGGUCUUGAAUUGUUUGUGGAAGUUCAAAGAAGGUUUAAAAGGUAGAUAAAUGAACGAAAAUGCUCGGAAUUAAAAAUUAUUUUUUUCCUUUGAUAUCCCCCCCCGUGGACGGAUUUUUUUUGGUUGUUUUAAGUGUAUUUUAUAUAAAAGUUUAGAUCUUUUAUUUAUCGAUUGAGGCACUACGAAGUCUGCCGGGUCAGCUAGUAGUUUAAAAAAAAAUGUGUGUGUGUCCGCUCCGACGCACGACUGGAGUUUACUGGAUAUAAAAAAUUAAACGAAACAAUACGAGAAAUAGUUCUAUAUUACGACAACACGAUACACUACAGAUUAUUAACAAAUUAACGAGACACAAAACAAACGACUAACAAAUAUAUGAAAAUACAAUAAUGAGAGAAACGCGCGAUCAGUACGAGGCUUUGUGGCGGACUGCCGGCGCAGCAGCCCGGCGUCACCUGCAAUAACGCGGCCGCGCGUUGGCUCCUGAUUGGCGCGCGCACGCAUCACGCAAUCAGGAGCCAAUCAGGCGCAUAACGCAUUUCGUGUGACAUGCUAGUACGAUUUUGAUUGGCGCGCGCACGCAUCACGCAAUCAGGAGCCAAUCAGGCGCAUAACGCAUUUCGUGUGACAUGCUAGUACGAUUUUGGUCCCCAUAAUUUUCAUACCCCGGGCCUAUAUAUGUAAAUCGAUUCUAAAGGAGUAAACUCCAAAAAACGAACAAAAUACGCUUUUAUAGAAAAUCCAACUAAAAAAUAGAAAAUAAAUUUUAAUUAGAAAAGUGUGUGUGUCCGCUCCGACGCACGACUGGAGUUUACUGGAUAUAAAAAAUUAAACGAAACAAUACGAGAAAUAGUUCUAUAUUACGACAACACGAUACACUACAGAUUAUUAACAAAUUAACGAGACACAAAACAAACGACUAACAAAUAUAUGAAAAUACAAUAAUGAGAGAAACGCGCGAUCAGUACGAGGCUUUGUGGCGGACUGCCGGCGCAGCAGCCCGGCGUCACCUGCGAUAACGCGGCCGCGCGUUGGCUCCUGAUUGGCGCGCGCACGCAUCACGCAAUCAGGAGCCAAUCAGGCGCAUAACGCAUUUCGUGUGACAUGCUAGUACGAUUUUGGUCCCCAUAAUUUUCAUACCCCGGGCCUAUAUAUGUAAAUCGAUUCUAAAGGAGUAAACUCCAAAAUAGUUUAAGAAAAAAUGAUUUUAUUGUAAAAAAAAAGUGUGUGUGUCCGCUCCGACGCACGACUGGAGUUUACUGGAUAUAAAAAAUUAAACGAAACAAUACGAGAAAUAGUUCUAUAUUACGACAACACGAUACACUACAGAUUAUUAACAAAUUAACGAGACACAAAACAAACGACUAACAAAUAUAUGAAAAUACAAUAAUGAGAGAAACGCGCGAUCAGUACGAGGCUUUGUGGCGGACUGCCGGCGCAGCAGCCCGGCGUCACCUGCAAUAACGCGGCCGCGCGUUGGCUCCUGAUUGGCGCGCGCACGCAUCACGCAAUCAGGAGCCAAUCAGGCGCAUAACGCAUUUCGUGUGACAUGCUAGUACGAUUUUGAUUGGCGCGCGCACGCAUCACGCAAUCAGGAGCCAAUCAGGCGCAUAACGCAUUUCGUGUGACAUGCUAGUACGAUUUUGGUCCCCAUAAUUUUCAUACCCCGGGCCUAUAUAUGUAAAUCGAUUCUAAAGGAGUAAACUCCAAAAAACGAACAAAAUACGCUUUUAUAGAAAAUCCAACUAAAAAAUAGAAAAUAAAUUUUAAUUAAAAAAGUGUGUGUGUCCGCUCCGACGCACGACUGGAGUUUACUGGAUAUAAAAAAUUAAACGAAACAAUACGAGAAAUAGUUCUAUAUUACGACAACACGAUACACUACAGAUUAUUAACAAAUUAACGAGACACAAAACAAACGACUAACAAAUAUAUGAAAAUACAAUAAUGAGAGAAACGCGCGAUCAGUACGAGGCUUUGUGGCGGACUGCCGGCGCAGCAGCCCGGCGUCACCUGCGAUAACGCGGCCGCGCGUUGGCUCCUGAUUGGCGCGCGCACGCAUCACGCAAUCAGGAGCCAAUCAGGCGCAUAACGCAUUUCGUGUGACAUGCUAGUACGAUUUUGGUCCCCAUAAUUUUCAUACCCCGGGCCUAUAUAUGUAAAUCGAUUCUAAAGGAGUAAACUCCAAAAUAGUUUAAGAAAAAAUGAUUUUAUUGUAAAAAAAAAGUGUGUGUGUCCGCUCCGACGCACGACUGGAGUUUACUGGAUAUAAAAAAUUAAACGAAACAAUACGAGAAAUAGUUCUAUAUUACGACAACACGAUACACUACAGAUUAUUAACAAAUUAACGAGACACAAAACAAACGACUAACAAAUAUAUGAAAAUACAAUAAUGAGAGAAACGCGCGAUCAGUACGAGGCUUUGUGGCGGACUGCCGGCGCAGCAGCCCGGCGUCACCUGCAAUAACGCGGCCGCGUAACGCAUAACGCAUUUCGUGUGACAUGCUAGUACGAUUUUGGUCCCCAUAAUUUUCAUACCCCGGGCCUAUAUAUGUAAAUCGAUUCUAAAGGAGUAAACUCCAAAAAACCGUGGGGUAUUUUGUUAGUUUUUGUUUAACUAUUAUUUAUUUUUCAUUAUUUAGUUGAAUUUCAAUUUUUUCAAUUAUUUUUUUAAAUUUUGUAUUGUCAUCGGUCCUUAAUGAGUAUACCAAAUUUCGAGUGAAUGCGACGUUUUGAAGUGGGUCAAAAUCAUGUUCAAAGAUUCCGUUACAUAGUAACAUACAUCUCAAGCUAAUAAAAGCGUAUUUAAAAAAAACCGGCUUAAACGGCUUCAAUCACAUUUAGUCAACGGAAAAGGUGGAACACAAGAAAAUAAUGUUUAUUGGUGGUCUUUUGUAAGUUACCGUGUAAUCAUAGUAUAGGAUGAUAUUUCAAAGCCAGUGUUUUUUGAUACAACCUACUAAAUUUCUCCCCGGUGUGCUUAGUGCGAGUUUUUUGACGUUAAGUUGGAACGUUUGCCUACGUUUGCCGCUAGGGGCGCUGUUCCAAAUGCAAACAAAUUUGAGCUAACUUUUAAUAUAUUAACGUUCUCGUUAAUAACUCGCACUAAGCACAUAGAUAUUAUCAGUGGGUCGCUAUUCUGAUCCGGUGGUAGAUUCUGUGAAGCACUACUCUUGCUAGGGCUAGUGUUAGCAAAUUCUCUCAGCUUGAGCCCGUGAGCUCACCUACCCGUUCAAGUGUAGCUGGAAUAUCCCCUUAGGCUACCAGCAAAUAGGUAGAGAAAAAAACCAAACACGUUUUGUUUUUUCAAAUACACAUAUUACAGCCAACGUGUGGAUUUUAGUAACAAUGCACUUAAAUAUGUAUUAAUUUAAAUGAAAAAAAAAAAUGCUUAUUAAUAUAUAAAUAAUUUUUCAUUACACUUGUUUUUCAAUCUAGGAUGUUCGUUGGUAACAACGAUUAAAAUAAAUGUAGGACAAUAUUUAACCAAUUUAAAAGCAAUUUUAUGACAUGAAAAGUCUUGCGUAAAAAACGUAUUACAGCGACAUCUAUAUAUCAAAGUACAGACUUCGUAGUAACCAAAAGUUUUCUCAUUUUCAAAAUUUGUUCACCACAAGGAGAUUGUUUCGUUCAAAAGUUACUUAUAAAGAUAAUAGAUGGCGCUGUAAAUAAUAUCAAAACAAAAUACUAGUCUUCCAUAGAUGUCGCCACGUGAUCAAAUAACUUCUUUCUCUAGUACUUACUAUUGGUAUUGUAUAAUAAAUUAUAAUAAUUGUUAAGCUUAUUACCUGCUUUUGGUUAUAUUAAGAAUAGGUAUACAAUAAAUUACGUAUUUGAUACGAAGUUUAAAAUAAAAAAUUAAUUCGGGA